UCCGAGGCGGGAGUUUCAGAUUGCUGGACAGGACAUCCGUGAUAACAUUUCUUCGUGUUCCCUUUCAGCUGUCUUCUUUUACUAAACUGGACAACCUAUAAACAUUUGGGAAAUUUACUGUUUUGUCGCACCGGAGUAUAUUUUAAACAUUUACGUCAGUCUAGGGUUUGAAAAGGGGCGUUAGUGAGAUCUAAAGAACUGGCAAUUGGAUUACCGCCUUAUUAGACAACAACUACGUUACUGUCAACUCUCUACCAGUUCGUCUCGUGCACGUUCCCUCGAGAACGUCAACUUAAUCCGGGCUUUCAACGGUCAUCUUUAGGUAUAUCAUGAGCUUUUAGGUCCGCAUUAAACCCGGAAACUUUGUAGAAAUAGUUAUAUUAUAUCUUCACCUGGACAUGGAUAACUACCGCCAUCAGCGAUAUGAAGGCUCGAAUCAAAGGAGGGAGAAUAAAAUCCAUCGAAAGAAAGGAUUUGGAGUCGGUGUGUCUGCUCAGGGCAGUUCAAGUGGGGAUGACGGAGACAAGAAGCCUAAAUUUACCGCAUCGCCCUUCGGACACAAACCUGGAGAUUGGAGGAAGGCCAGAGAUCUGCACACAGACUGAGGCAGAGAUGGAUACAAAUGAAGACAGACGGAUAAGCAGACAUGCACAUGCAGAUGGAUGUGUCCUGGUGCUGGCGGAGCUUGACAGAUUUUCCAGUAUCCGGAUCCCUGGCAGUAAAAAGGAACGGCCACCCCUCUCCCACAUGUCCAAGCAUUCCUCUUCUGGUGACUGGUCCACUUCCUCUGAAUUUGAGGAGCUUUCUUCAAAAAUUACAUCAGAGAAGGAAAUCCUUGCCCUCUUUGAGAAAAUGAUGGAGGAUAUGAAUCUUAAUGAAGAGAAGAAAGCUCCUCUCAGAGAGAAGGACUUGAGCACAAAAAGGGAGAUGGUCCUUCAGUAUAUCAUCACAGCUGCAAAAACCGGUAGUUUGAGGAGCAGCAGUCAGAUCUCUCCUCAGGAGUUUCUGAGUGAGCUGAAAGGAGGUGCCACCGAUGAGAGACUGUUUGCUUGUUUGGACUCUCUCAGAGUGUCACUCACCAGCAACCCAGUCAGCUGGGUGCAGAGUUUUGGCCACGAGGGUCUGGGCCUCCUGUUGGACACGCUGGAGAAGCUUCUCCUCAAAAAACACCAAGAAAAAGUGGAUAAGAAGAGUCAACACAAAGUCAUUCAGUGCCUCAAGGCCUUUAUGAACAACAAGUAUGGACUGGAGCGGAUCCUUGGAGAGGAGAAGAGUCUGGCACUGUUGGCCCAAGCCAUUGACCCUGGUCAGCCGGCCAUGAUGACAGAUGUGGUCAAACUGCUCUCUGCAAUCUGCAUCGUGGGAGAAGAAAAUACUUUGGAGAAGGUCCUUGAGGCCAUCACCACAGCAACUGAGGGAAGAGGGAUGGCCCGCUUCAACCCUAUCGUUCAAGGUCUUAGUGUGCGCUCUGUCCAGUUACAGGUGGCUUGCAUGCAGCUCAUCAAUGCCCUCGUAACGUCUCCUGAUGAGUUGGACUUCAGGCUGCACAUCCGAAAUGAAUUUAUGCGUUGCGGCCUGCGAGAGAUCCUGCCGACCCUGAACGCUGUAAAAAACGAUGCCCUGGAUAUCCAGCUGAAGGUCUUUGAGGAGCACAAGGAGGAGGACAUGAUUGAGUUCUCCCAUCGCCUGGAGGACAUCAGAAGUGAACUAGAUGAAAUUGGAGAUGUCUUUAAUGUGUUAUACUGCUCUGUGAAGGACACAAGCGCUGAGAGCCAUUUUCUUUCCAUACUACAGCACCUGCUGCUGGUCAGGAAUGACUAUUUCACACGGCCUCAGUAUUUUAAGAUCAUAGAGGAGUGUGUCUCUCAAAUCGUCCUCCAUCGUAGCGGCACAGAUCCUGACUUUGCCUACCGCAAGCGUCUGGAUGUGGACUUCAGCCACCUGUUAGAGGUGUGUGUGGAUAAAGCCAGGGCAGAGGAGUUUGAACAGAGGGCCUCAGAGUUAGCUCAAAAGUUUGAUGAGGAGUUCCUGGGCAGACAGGAAGCUCAAGCCCAGCUGUUGAAAAGAGAGGAGAAGAUCAAUGAGCUGGAAGCUGAACUUCAGGCUUAUAGAAACCAGUUCGGAGCCGUUCCAGUGGUUUUACCUUCACUGCAGUCUGUCCCGGCCUUGUCUUCAACUGCCUCUUCCUCGUGUCCCCCUGCCCCACCUCCUCCCCCACCUGUUCCUGGAGUUUCAGGUCCGCCACCCCCUCCACCUCCACUGGGCUGUGCCUCCAUGCCCGGGAUGCCUCCACCCCCUCCUCCUCCUCUGGGACUAGGCGGACUGACAUCCUUCUCAAUUCAACGCACGCUGCCUUAUGGCCUAAAACCCAAGAAGGAAUUCAAACCAGAGGCUUCCAUGAAACGCUUCAACUGGUCCAAGAUCUCACCCCAGGAGAUGUCCGAGAGCUGUUUUUGGGUCGUUGCCAAAGAAGAGCGUUACGAGAAUGAGGACCUGCUGACCAGGCUCGCCAUUACCUUCAGCACACUGAGAGCUGCUCGACGAGAAGACGAGGAACUAGAGGAGAAGAAAUCCAUCAAAAAGAGAGUCAAAGAACUGAAAGUGCUGGACCCCAAGAUAGCACAGAACCUCUCCAUUUUCCUGGGGUCGUUCCGUAUGCCCUAUGAGGAGAUCAGGAGAAUGAUUUUAGAGGUGGACGAGGAUCAGCUGACUGAGCCCAUGAUCCAGAAUCUUGUGAAGUACCUGCCUGAACAGGAGCAGCUAAACGCACUGGUCAAGUACAAGAGCGAAUAUGCCAACCUCUCUGAACCGGAGCAGUUUGGAUUAGUGAUGAGUAGCGUGAAGCGUCUGAGGCCCAGGCUCAACUCCAUCCUGUUUAAGCUGCAGUUUGAAGAGCAAGUGAGUAACUUGCGUCCAGAAAUCAUGGCGGUGAACGCAGCCUGCGACGAGUUGAAGAAGAGCAAAGCCUUCAGCAGGCUGCUGGAACUCAUUCUGCUCGUGGGAAACUUCAUGAACGCCGGCUCGAGGAACGCCCAGUCCUUCGGCUUUAACCUCAGCUCACUCUGCAAGCUGAAGGACACUAAAUCGGCUGAUCAGAAGUCCACUCUACUGAAUUUCCUGGCAGAAAUCUGUGAGGAGAAAUACCCUGAAGUAAUGAAGUUUGUGGAGGAUCUACAGCAUGUGGACCAGGCCAGUCGAGUCUCAGCAGAAAACCUUGAGAAGAGCCUGAGACAGAUGGAGAAACACCUGCUGCAGUUGGAGAAGGAUCUGGACACUUUCAGCUCCGCAGACGACCAGCAGGACCUGUUUCUCAGCAAGAUGGCAAGUUUCUCUAUGCAGGCAAGAGAUCAGUACCAGAAGCUGGUGAUCAUGCACAGUAAUAUGGUGACCCUUUACCUCAACAUGCUGGAGUAUUUCGCCAUCGACACCAAGAAGACCUCCGUGGAGGAACUCUUCACUGACCUCAGCAACUUCAGAGCCAUGUUCAUGCAAGCAGUGAAGGAGAACGCAAGGAGAAGAGAGGCGGAGGAGAAGCAGAGGAAAGCGAGGAUAGCCAAAGAGAAGGCGGAACGAGAGAAGCAGGAGCGGCAGAUGAAGAAGAAGAGACUGCUGGAGGUCAACACAGAGAACGAUGAGACCGGUGUGAUGGAUUGUCUGCUGGAGGCGCUGCAGUCUGGAGCUGCUUUCAGAGACCGCAGGAAAAGAGCACCCAGACCCCGAGAUGAAUCAACACAAGUGCUCAAUCCGAGUCCACAAAGACCUGUUCUGAAAGACUGCAACCACGAAAACAUGAAGGCACCUCUGCAAAGGUCACGGUCGCGGCAGAAUAUCAAUUUCAACUCGACACGAGCACCCACUGCCAAGGAGCCUCAUUACGAGAGCGAACCCCAUCCGUCUGCAGCCCACAGGCCAAUCCACCGGCCCGAGAGGGAGAAAGAAAAAGAGCAAACUCCAACGCUUUGCUCAUCCAAUGGUGACACGGACGUGGAGGCCUUGCUCGCCCGCCUGCGUGCCCUGUGAUGACAUCACUGCCUCUUGGGUUUGACCUCUGUAGUCACUUCGGCGACACAGACACAAAAAAGAAACAAAGCUCACAGUCACCUUUUGCUAAUAAAUGCCGACGUGUUGCGCACAUACGCGCAUAGGAAAAGUCUUAACAAUUAACCUUUCCCAUCCGUCUCCUCUGCCCUUUUACCUCCGACAACAUACUUGUUGUCCAUAGAAGUGCGAGUCAUUGUGCUGGUCGGGUCCAGGAUGAAAACUCGUCGCUGUUUUGUAUUAAGCAGCUAAUUACCGGACGGUUUAGAGUGACCUUUGGGCCAAGCACUUGUCUUUUUUUAAUGUCGUAAACAGACCAAUUAUUACUCUUUGAAAGCUUCACGCUGCUCUUUAACAUGCGUAUUUUCACAUACAUAGACGUUUGAGCAAUAAUUUGUUAAAUCUAAUUUUCCAUUUCUGCAUUCAGACUCAUUUUACCGCUUUCAUAUGAUCAAAAAAAUAAAUUUUUAGCAUCUUUAAUAACAUAGCUAUAUCUUAUGUUUAUUACAAAUAUAAAUCACUUUUUUCCAGUGUGAAUCUUAUUUAUCUUUGUUUGUAUUCAUGUAAACGUAAUCAAAUUAAUCCUAAAAAAAAGUUUUAAUAUGCAUGGAAAUCUUUAUACUUAUGAGCAAUUACUUUAAAUUUUCUAUUUUUGAGAUAAGAAUGUAUUAGUUGGGUUUCGUCCCCCUCAAGAGAAGACGGUACUAUGCAAGAGCAGCGGUUCUGACAGCAGAUCCCUGAGUGCCAGGAGUAUUUGUACUGCUUAGCAGACCUCACUGAUAUAAUGCACACUCCUCCUCUGCACAUUUGUUCUUGGAUCUGCUGCUUUUCCAAAUAAUGUUUCCUUUUUUUUUUUAGACAUUUGAUUUCUUUUUGUGUUUGUCUGUCUCGUGUGCACGUGUUUUCUCAUUGUAUAAUUGGCAAGUUUUCACAUUCCUCAUGAUGUUUUCUGUUUUGCUAUUCCUGAUGUGAUUUUCCUCUUUACUGCUCUCAAUCAGGCGUGACAUCGGAAUGCGAUUACCUGUGAAAUCACAUCUCUUUCUCUCUCUCUCUCUCUCUCUCUCUCUCGCUCUCUCGCUCUCUCUCUCUCUCGACUCACUCCCAUCACCUUUUUUGAUUCUUUGAAACAACAUUCCUGUUAUUGGUUAGACAUUAUUGCGGUGAUAUCCUUUGUUGAAAUAUUUCAAAUAAAAUAAGGAAAAG